AUGGCCCAGCUCGGCGUGGAACGGCCUGAAGACCUGCCUCCUCACCUCCGCACUAAGCAGCCCAACUUUGCCAAGCGCAAGUCGAUCGAAUCUCAGACUGGUCGGCCUUCCAUACUCCAGCCCCCAGGCGACGGCUCGAAUUCGGAUUCGGGCCGCAGUGGUCCUACGUUGACGCCAAUGGCCGAUGCUCAAAACCCGCCGUAUCCUUUCUCCGCCAACUACUCACUUCCUGCCACCGACUCUACCCCGGCGUUUGCACCAGGAUCCUCUGCUUUCUUACCUCAUGUUUCGGCCGACUCGCCGUCGUUCCCUCCACGUUCUCCCACGCUACCGCACCAGGGGUUAGACACGUCCCUCUUCAGCUCUCCUCGAUAUACUCGAGACCACACAGACGCGCCUCCUGGAGUGGAUGUGGACAGCCGUGAUCCUUUCGACAGCAGUCCUCGCCAGAAUCUCGAUGAUGUGUUUGCCGACCUGACGAACCAAGAUCAGGAUCCGGAGCAAGAACCUGAACCGGAGCUCAUGGAGAACACGCACGCCAAUGAAGCGCUUGAGGUUCUCGAUGUGAGCAACGGUGAUGACUCUGACGGCUUGCCUGACGCAGACUCGCCUGACCCUAAAUUGAACGGAGACACCAACGGCCAUGCCGAGGCUGACGACCAUGCUGAUGAGCUUUGA